AUGGUAUAUGACAUAGAAUAUACAGACGAUUUAAAUAUUGAUGAUGAAGAUUUAGAUGCAAUUUUGAAAGAUAAAGCGGAUAAAUCAGAAAGUUUUAUAUAUAAACAUGAACAAUUAUGUCAAGAAAUUGUAGCAAAGUAUCUUGGUCCACCAUCUGAAAAUUGCAGACCAGAUUUCUUGAAAAUUCCUGAGCACUCUAAAGGAUUAGAACUUGAUAUUCCCUACCUAUUAUGA